AUUUAAGCAGGAGUUUUUUUUUGAAAUUAGAAAAACCAAUUAAUAUCACUACACUCGAGAGAAAUGAAUCCGGGUCACAAAGAAUCCUAAAAAUCACGCAAACUAAGAAUGCUAGCUUAAUGAACUAAAUUCUAAUUAUUCGACGAUUAAAUAAUCCUUAAAUGAAAAUAAUAAAAUUUAUGAGUCAUCACAUUUUAUUUAAAAAAAAUACAUAAAGAAAAAAAAAAUGUCUGAUCUCGCCUUAAAACAAAAAUAGGAAACAUGACAUUUUUGAAAAACAUUACGAUUUUCUUGAAAUUUAAUACUUCUUAAUGCCUCCUCGAGCUUCCAUUACUGCGUUUACCCAGUUUGGCAUGCUGUACAAGUUUCUUAUACGAUUUUGGUGAAUAUUCUCUUACACAGAGGACUGUGAGAGCAGUUUUGAGAUCUCCGAAGCGUAAUUGUUUCGUUGUUCUACGCAUCUUACUAGCUCGUCCCAAGCAUGCUCGAUCGGGUUGAUAUCCGGCCUGCGUGCUGGCGAAUCCAUACGAGUAAUGUUCAGCUCAUGAAGGUAGUCAUUCACAAUCCAACCUGUAUGAGGUCAGGCAUUGUCAUGCAUUACCAUAUUAUACCCAAAUUGACCAUAAAUGUACCAACUUGUUCAUUCAAGAUUUCUUUUACAUUUCUUUGCUAGUUAUAAAGCCGUUUUUUAUGAACACCACUGUUCUGUGCGACUCUCUGAAGAAAUUCCGUCCCACACAAGUACAGACCCACCACCGUAGGCUACUUUUUCUUCGAUGCAUGCUUGCUUGAAUCUUUCCCCAGGUCUUCUAUAUACUCCGUGUCUUCCAUCGUGCUUGUAAAGCAUACAUUUUGAUUCGUCGGCGAACAUAACUUUUGACCAAUCAUCAAUAGUCCAAUUUAAGUGGUUCUGGGCAUAUCUUAGUUUUGAAAUACAAUGCCCGCACUCCAGUUUAGGGCCGUUUGCAGGACUUUGGAAUUUGUUUCAAAUACUGACCUUAACUGUUAUUUAAAUUAGUUUGUAAGACAACAGAGAGCUCUUUAGCUAUGUCAUGACCAAGGAAAAGUCUAAAUAUCUGAAUAUUGUUCACCUAAAUAUACAAGGCUUUUCUGGUAAACACCUAGAACUGUACUUAUUUUUAAAUUCAAUAAAUAUGAGCAUAUUAUGUAUAACAGACUGGCUCAAAGAUUAUGAAUUAGUUUCAGGCUUAGAUAAUUAUACAGUUGUUAGUUUUGUAGGAAAUCGGCUAUUAGCGGAGGCAAAUACAAAGAACGUAGAGAAAUUUGUUUCACUUUCAGUUGAAUGUAAUAUUGAACUAUCUUGUGUGGAACUUGAAGAAAUGAUCAUAAUAUGAGUAUAUUGAUAAUUUGGAAAUUACAGUCGAGCCUAUCCACAUCAAUGCAUCAGCGACCUGUUUGGAUAAUAUUUUUUGUAAAAGAAAUGUUUUUAACAAAUCUAUAAUUAAUUUUAUUAAUUAUGAUCAUAGCGGACAAUUAGCCUCUCUUGAACACCAUCAUGCUUCACCCAAACGUAACCUAACUUGUAGGCCAAUUACACAAACGGCUAUAAAUAAAUUUAAAGAUGGUUUUUAUCAUAAAAUAUCGUACUUAUCAGUUUGUAAUAAUAAUAAUAUUUUGUGUGAAUGUGUGAUGGAUAGCUCUAAAAAGAAAUUUAGUGAUUGGGCCACACCUGAUAUUUACAAUAGUAGAGACAAGUUGUAUCAAUUAUAUGCUCUCCAGGCAACCUCUGAUCUUAAGUUUAUACAAUAUGUCAAAAACUAUUUAAAAACUUUUAAAAAAGUGUGUGCAGUAGCAAAAGCUUAGGAUUUAUAAAAAAAAAAUUUCAAAUACGUAUUUUUAAAAUACUUUUUUAAGAUAAAGCACCUUUUUAUUUGUUUUAAUGUUUAUUUAAGUUACUAAAUUGUAUUGUAGUUAAACCGCUUAACCGAGCCCUCACCUGCGGGUUACAUUAUGUGGGGGAGGACGAGAACGGGCACCAUGAGAGGUGCGGGCGGUGGGCGCUUGUAAUUUUGACAAGAAUGUGCGUGCUUUACCCCGCAGGCGAGGACCCAGUUAAGUGGUCUACCUAUACAUGGCAAAACAUUUUUUUAAGUUUAAAGAAUUGUUUUUGCUAAAGACCGAAUUUGAUGAAAUUCAUCUGUUCCGCUCGAAUUUGAGCGUAAGCGAAGUCACCUCCACAGAAGCAGAAGACCACAGUAAAAAAACACUACCUUUUGGUCGUGUUGUGUUUCUGUCGGUGAGGUAGGUUCCAACGUUCAAGCUCUUUCUCUGUUCUGUGACGAGGAGAAAUGCUACUACGUUACACUCAAACUUGUUGCCCCUGUCACGAGUGUCUGACACUACUCCUUAUCGUUUAAUACUAUCAAGAAUUUUGCAAGUUCGCUAAAGUUAGUGUUCAUUAACGAUAAUUUAUACAAGUUGUGGUAGUGACCUAUUGUCUAAGUAGAUAAUAACAAUUUUAUUGACAAAGAUAAAAUACUAUCUUCUGGAUCGCUGACAUCACUACAGCUAAAACAUUACAAAGUUGGUUGGAUUCUUUGCCCUGAAGGUGGAGGAUACUAUCACAGGCAGACUCUCUCAUUCUAGUAUGAUACGUUCUGCCUUUCUUUUUUAUUGAUGUCGAUUUCAGGAUAACUUGCUAUUCCAAGAAGAGCUUAUUGCAAAAUUCACGUGUGCGAUAUGCAAAAAAUCAUUUUAUAAUGCAGUAGCUCUACAGAACCAUACAAAUAUGCAGCAUGAUGCCAGGGACGGGAAACGUGUAGAAGCACUGACUCGGAGAUAUGUCGAUGAGAAUUUGAAAGAUUUAUGUGGAUUCAAAUUUAUACCCAUGCACGAUAAUAAUGAGUCUAGAGAUGGCACCAACGGACGUUUGAUAUCUCGAGUGUUCACCGAGGACACCACAUAUUUGAUAGUGAAGGUGGAAGGCAGUGAUGAGGAAAUGGAAGCCCUGAAAAAGUACCAGCAGAACGGAAACAAGAAAUCGCACAGUAGACCUAUUAAGCCUCCCGUCGAUUUAAGAGGUCCAUUCACCUGCACAUUUCGGUCGACCAUGCGUCCAGAUCUACAAUGCCGUCAGAUAUUCUUUAACUGCUGCGACUACUCGAUGCACUACCGAGAAGAACAUACAAAGAGACGCAAUGCAGCACUCCGUUGCCAAGUUUGCGAGAAGCGCUUGGACAAUGAUAAUGUUGUCGCACCCAGUAGUGUUCUAGCAGCUCCACUUCAACACCGGUAUACUUUUUCUUGUCGGAUAUGUGGUCAGACGUUCUUUGAUAAUGUCCUGUACGAGGAGCACAAUCGCAUAGUUCACGCCAAAACAAAGCCCCACCAAUGCACGUUAUGUUCUAAGCGCUUCACCCAGCAAGGAGGAUUACAACAGCACAUGCGUAUGCACACGGGCAUAAGGCCUUUCGCUUGCACCUACUGUCCGAAAGCUUUCACGCAGAAGGCGGGCUUGGACCAACACCUGCGCACCCACACUAAAAUAAAACCAUUCAAAUGCGUCAUUUGCAGCAAAUGCUUUUCCCAAUCUGUUCACCUGAGGCAACAUAUGCGAACACACACCAACAUACAACCGUUUGAAUGCUCCGUCUGCGGACGGAGAUUUAAGCAAAGCAGCCAUCUGAAUUUCCACACGCGCUCUCACGUCGUAGGUGCUAGCUCACUCGACAUUGAAAAGUAUGCUCAAGCCAUGCCCCAUCAGAAUCAAAUGGAAUUUCUAAAUUUGUCAAAUCUUCAGCCGAUUCAGGACGGAGAGACGCUGUACUACGCAGCUGAGUUAGCCGAAGGUCCAUCGAUGCACCAGAAUCCAUUUCCAUAUCAAACGCAGGUCAUGCUCCCUGACCAUAAUAUGUUUUCUCUUUAAAAAAAUAGGUUUCAGCAUUCCCAAUAUGAAAAUUGUCCUGUUAUUAUUAUUGUAGAUUUGUAAGAUUAAAAUGAGUGAUUUUUUAUAAUUG